AACACCGAAGGUCAGGAUCCUCCGCUUGCUGAAUCCCUUUUGUCAUCUCACUGCAGGCUUCGGACUUCGGAGUCCUAAAUGCCAGAACGAUAUGUACACCAUUUGCCCAAGUAAAAGACAGGAAUGCAACUGGUAAACUUUUGAGUUUGACAUAUUUUAUCCAGGAAUAGAACAAAAACAAGGUUGAUUUUCAACUUCUACCCUUGGGUGAUCAGUGAUGCACAGUCUCAUAUAGAAACUCUGGGAUCAUAUAUAACCCAUUUCUUCUCUGUCACCCAACUGGAAAAAGCUCUCUCUUUACCCCUCCCCCUCUUCUCUCAGCGUCAGGGGCGCCAAAAUGGAAACAAGGGUGUUCCCAUUGGCCAUUCUUCUCGGAAUUGCAGUUCUCAUGGCAUCCUGCUCUACAUCAGGCGCAGCAGAAUCAGGCUCGUUUUCAUUCGGAGACAAUUUUGAUAUUAUGUGGUCUGAGGACCAUUUCAAGACAUCGGCAGACGGGCAGGUCUGGUAUCUUUCUCUCGACAAAGAAACAGGUUGUGGGUUCCAAACAAAGCAGAGAUACAGAUUUGGAUGGUUCAGCAUGAAGCUCAAGUUGGUCGGAGGUGACUCUGCCGGUGUUGUGACGGCCUAUUAUAUGUGUUCGGAUCCAGGAGCUGGACCUGAGAGGGAUGAGCUAGAUUUCGAGUUCUUAGGGAACAGAACAGGGCAGCCCUACACGAUACAGACCAACGUGUACAAGAGCGGAGUUGGGGGCCGAGAGAUGAGGCACAUGCUCUGGUUCGACCCUACCGAGGACUUCCAUACCUACUCCAUUCUCUGGAACAACCACCAGAUUGUCUUCUUCGUGGAUAGAGUACCCAUAAGGGUGUAUAAAAACACAGAGAAGCCAAAUGACUUCUUCCCAAAUGAAAAGCCAAUGUGGAUGUUUUCAAGCAUAUGGAAUGCGGAUGACUGGGCAACGAGGGGUGGGCUUGAGAAAACAGACUGGAAGAAGGCUCCCUUCGUAUCCUCCUACAAGGAUUUCAAUGCCGACGGGUGCCAGUGGGAAGAUCCUUACCCUGCUUGUGUCUCUACCACCACCCACAAUUGGUGGGAUCAAUAUGAAGCUUGGCACCUCUACGAUUCUCAGAAGGAAGACUUCGCUUGGGUUCAGAGAAAUCUUGUUAUCUAUGAUUAUUGCAAGGACACUGAGCGCUACACUAAGCAACCAUGGGAGUGCUCCCUCAGUCCAUGGGAUUGAUCAACAAUCACCCCUCCGCCCAUAUAUUCUUUAUUUAUUUUGCUCCUUUUUUUCCCUUUCUAUUCAAUUAAUUGUCUUGUUUUUCUUCUUCUUUUUUUC